AUGUCAGCGUCAAUACCGGUCCGACUUCUAAAUGAAGCUCAAGGUCAUAUAAUUUCAAUAGAAUUAAUAAAUGGAGAUACAUAUAGAGGAAAAUUAUUAGAAAAUGAAGAUAAUAUGAAUAGUUCAUUAUAUGAUGUUACAAUAACUUCUGGAAAAAAUAGUUCAAUUACUCAUAUGGAUCAAGUUUUUAUAAGAGGUAGUAUGAUUAGAUUUAUAAGUGUACCGAAUAUAUUAAAAAACGCUCCAAUGUUUUUUAUGAAACCUGGUGAUAAACCAAAACCACCUAUUCGAGGGCCACCACCGAAAAGAAGAAAAAUGUAA